UCACAAGCACGCAAUCCUCUAUCCCAUCCAAUCCCACUCAUCCAAUCACGUGCCCACGCAUCCCUUCACCGGUAAAUCACCGGAUAAACCCCAAAAUCCCAUUUCCUCAAACCUCCAAACCUGAGGCAUAAACACCACAUCCGCGUCGGAAUAAUUUUAUAUCCAAGUCGUCGUGGGUUAGGUACCUACCUAGAGAGAGAACCAUCGCAUACCAUCCCUCCCAAUCACCACUCUUACUCCCACGCACCAGCUCCUCCAGCUCCUCUCACACACCCCUCAAUCUCAAUCUAUAAAUCUAUAUCAACAUGGCGAAAAAAGGUACCUCACGCAUUACAGUCCUCCCCGCUCUACAAUUCUGCCCUUCCACCCUCAAAAUCAUCACCCCUCACUUCCUCCCCUCAUACCCCUUAUAAAUAGAAAUAGCUAACCCCCACCCCCUCUUUCACAGCCAAAUCCCGCACCAUCCCCGUCCGCCUCAUAUCAAUGGCUCUAACGGGAUAUUACAAGACGCUUAUUCGACCGCGUGCGCAUAGGCCGCUUAGUAUGUUGAAGUAUGAUCCUGUUGGUGAGUUUUUUGUUUUUUUUUUUUUUUGGGGAUUUUCCUCUAGGGAUAGGAUUAAGAGUGAGGUGAGAGGAGUUGGAGAUUGCUGGGAGGAAAAGGGAGGGGGAAGGGAUUGGGAGGUGGGGGUUUUGGAUUUGGAUUUGGGAUUCUGGGGUUGAGGAUGGAAGGGAGAAAGAGGAAGGGAAAUAUGAGAAUGGAGAGGUGUGCGCGGACUACGAAUUGAGCGAGCAUCUGCAUACAUUACGUCGAAUGAGGAAAGUCGAAGUAAGCGCAGAGCAAUUGAGAUGGAUUUCACCAUUUGCGCAAUAUACACGAGCAACUACCUAUCAUUUUACCUCACCUCAUCCAACUCAUAAACUACACUCAAACAGCGCGCAAACUGCACGAACGACAUCUCGUCCCAAAAUAUCCAAGCAUUCGCUUCUCUCUGCCGCCAACCUCAAAAUUUCAGUCCGCAUCUCAAUACCAACCUCAAUCUCCUUCUCAAAUCUCCACCGCCUCCACCUUCCCUUUUCCCAGCAUCUCCGAGCCUCCAAACCCAUCACGAAAACCAAACAUCCAACCCACAAAUCCAACCCAUAAACCUCACCACCUCUCUGCUACCACGCAACCCUCAUUAAAAACAACAAAAAACCCCAAGCUAACCACAACCCCCCUUUCCCUUCAUCUAGUCCGCAAAAAAGUUUUAUUUCUCGAGCAAAAACGAGGUGGUGGUUCGAAAUAGAUGAAAUAGCUCAUAUACAUAUAUACAUCAUUUAUUUAUCCCUCGAUACCAUACGAUAUGAUAUGAUCCGAUGCGCAAACACAGAGAACACAAACGCAAGCACGCAAGUCAAUAAAUAUGAAGCUUAAGAUGUGAAAAAGACGCGAGAAAGGAAAAAGGAAAAGGAGAAAAAGAGAAAAAAGAAAAGAGAAAAGAAAAAUAAGAUACCAGAGGAUAGAGGAUAGAGUGAGGGAUGUGCAUAAGGGUUAGGCGAUGGAGUUGUCAAGAGAACGUUAUAUCGUGGUAUAUGGAUUUGAGGAAACGAUGCUAUUUUUUAUUUUUUUUGAAAAUAUUCAAGUCUCCUCUCGAAAGAAGCUGCUGGGAAAGAGGAAUGGAAGAUAGGCUAGGGCUACUGCAUUCAUACUCA